AUGGAUUUUUUUCAUCGUUUGUGGACAAAGUCAACUCAAUGUAAAGCAUUGGAAAAGUCGAGCGGGAAAUUAGAGACUAUGUUUUUCGAAUCAGUCUAUCGUGUUACGUAUUUUGCAGGUAUGGCUCUUUUGGACAAUACCUUAAUGUAUCGCAUAUAUAGUGGGGCCCUGAAGUUAGCUAUCGGCUUUCUGAUAAGUUGUGAGGUUUGGCAUCUUGUUACCAAAUCGACUAGCUUAGAUGGCUUCAUUGACAAUGUCAAUGCCACUCUCAUGCAUUUUAUUGCUCUCUAUAGAUAUCAAAAUAUGAGAACAAAUAAAACAAUUUACAAAAACCUCGCGUCGGCUAUGGAGUCACCUUACUUUGAUACUUCAACACCGAGACGAAAGGAAAUGGUUAGGUUUUGGUCUCAAAGAAACGAGAGAUUUUUAAAAUUAUUACUUCUAUUGGGUUCUUGUACCUUGGCUGCUUGGCACAUUUACCCUCUAGUGGACGACAUAGAUUACAACCUAAUGGUGUCAGCCCGUUUUCCUUUUGAUUACCAAACGCCGAUUCUUUACCCGAUCGUAUAUGUUAUAGUGUUCGUAGUUUUUAAUUAUACCUCUCUGUUCGUUAUGGUCAACGAUCUUAUACAGCAGGCGCAUUUGAUGCACCUGCUGUGUCAGUAUACCGUGUUAGGAGAUUGCUUUGAAGGCAUUAUCAACGAUUGCAUUGGAGACCAAAAUAAAACUGAUGAAAGACAUAUAAUUAGGACAAAACAAUUUAGAAAGAAAUUCUUAAAGAGACUGAACGAUUUGGUCGAGCAACACAAACUUAUUUUAAAGAACACGAUGGAACUGAAGCAUUCGUUAAGUAUGCCAAUGUUGGGACAGUUGGUUGCGAGUGCAAUGCUUAUAUGCUUUGUUAGUUAUCAAGCUACAAGAACGGCCGGAGCGAGCAAUGUUAAGUUUUUCAUGAGUCUCCUAUAUUUGAUGUACAACCUUUUCGAGUUGUCUAUUUUCUGCAAGUGGUGUGAUGAAAUCAAAUUACAGAGUGAAAAUAUCGCUAAUUCGGUUUAUUGUUCGCGUUGGGAGAGAGGCUUAACGGCGACGCGAGGGGUGGGCGCGCGCUUGCUGCUCAUCGCGACUCGCGCUCGCAAGCCGCUCGUCCUCACCGCUGGAGGCUUGUUCGAUUUGUCACUCGCCUCAUAUACCACUUUGGUGAAGACGUCGUAUUCAGCUGUUACAGUUUUGCGCAGAUUUCAACAGAAUUAG